UUAGUGACUAAGCCGCAGUGCGCGGCUUGAUUCGGCCAAGCGUGGCCCCACAGGCCAUGACCAGCUUGCUGUGUCACUCAAAACCCUGAACCUCGUCGAGUCUCGAAAUUCGGCACCCAGACGCGCGUAUGAUUUGGUCUCCGCGUCCCCUGUUAUACUGUCUGCUCCAGCGCAUGGGCAUAUUUCUCUUCACGAUCUCCGCUAUGAUUUGCCUUUUCGUGACUGUCAUGCUCCUCUUCAGCCCAUCGCAGUCAUUAGCCGUUCCCGGCGAUGGUUUGAAUCUUCAACAGCUCCUACCCUCGUACCUACAGACGCAGCAUCAGGCCUGGUGGGGUGAGCCGGACUAUCAAGCGAGCAGCUCGCAGGCCGAUUGCAAGAAGGAUGGGUGGAAUGUCCUCUAUCACCUCGGUGGUAACGGGCCAUGGAUAGAGAAGACCGACGACGUGGCAGAAGGCGGGAUUAAAGUCCCGGAGGGUUGUGAAGUGGACAUGGUGCACAUGAUGUCGCGCCAUGCCGAAAGAUAUCCGACCAAAAACGCAGGCAUCCGUAUGAUUCAAAUGCUUGAGCGCAUCAAAGCCAUAGGAAAGCCUUUUACCGGUGCUCUCGAAUUCGUCAACUCUUGGGAAUACUUUACAAACUCUCCGGACCAGCACUUUGAGCAGCUGACCACCACCGGUCCGUAUGCGGGGGUCCUCGAAGCCUUCACAACAGGUGUAAAGCUCGGGACGCGCUACGCCCACCUCUGGAACUCCAGUUUCCCGAAUGUGACGCAUCUCUGGGCCAGUGAAGCCGGUCGGGUGAUCGAUACUGCGCGCCACUUCUCAGCAGGCUUCUUCGGGCUCGAGAGCAAACUUGCAAAAGUGAUCGUUGUCAGUGAGGCGAAGGAUAAAGGAGGCGAUACGUUGACGCCUGGUGAUACUUGCAAGAAGUAUGUGGAGGACGCGGAGAAGGGCCAUGAUAAUGGGUACACCAUGCUCGCGAAAUACCAAAGCACAUACCUCCCUGCCAUUUCGACCCGCCUCUCGAUCGACAACCCUGGCUACAGCUUUACCAACGCAGAGAUCUACAGCAUGCAAGAAAUGUGCGGCUUCGAGACCACUGUCCGUGGUUGGAGCCCUUGGUGCGAUGUCUUCACGCACUCCGAAUGGCGCGCCUUCGAGUACGCGCGCGACAUAAUCCACUUCUACCGGGCGGGUCCUGGAACUCCCUAUUCCCGUGCAAUGGGCCACCUCUGGCUCAAUGCGACCAAAAACCUUCUCAUCGAGGGCUCACAGUCCGCCGGGCCACUCUACUUCAGCUUCGUGCACGACGGAGAUAUCGUCCCUAUGCUCGCCUCCCUCGGCCUUCUCGAAGAUGAGCAGGAUCUACCAACCACUCACAUCGCGAAAUACAGGAAGUGGAAGACGAGCCAGGUUACGCCUAUGGGCGGACGUGUUCUCUUCGAGCGCCUCACCUGUGCGGAUAGGAAGUUUGUACGCAUCAACGUUAACGACGGUAUCGUACCGCUUCCUUCCUGUGCGGAUGGACCUGGCGGCUCCUGUGAGCUGGAAAAUUUUGUGGAGUAUAUCGAUGCGAGGGGUCGUUUGGCGGGGGAUUUCAGGUCCGUCUGUGGGCUUCCUGACGAUGCGGCGAGGGAACCCAGUUUUCUGCGGCAGCCGGCGUUUGCGAAGACGUAAGGCACGAUCUAGGAGCGUGGUUACUAUUGUUAUUCAUUGCCGAUAUACCAUAUAGUUGAUGAUUGUUUUUGUGCGAAUAUACAGCUAAGUAUUUAUGUGCUCCUCCAACCGAGAGGAGGAUAUCUUCACUGAA